AUGGUGGAGCAGACAGAACAAGUUGAGGAGGCUCAAUUGCCCGAGUUCACGCUGAAGAAUGUGCUGGGCGACAUCAAAUACGGCGUUGUUUCGCUGUUCAACAACCCCUUUUUUGCGCUCAUUGUGACGGGUGUUUUGAUGACGUUUGAGUCGCUGGCUUUGAAAGCCAUCAUCUACAAGAUACCGUACACGGAAAUCGAUUACAGCACUUAUAUGCAGCAGAUCGAGCAGAUCGAACGUGGUCAACUCGAUUACGCCCAAAUCAAAGGCGAUACAGGCCCAAUUGUGUAUCCUGGAGGAUACGUCUACAUUUACUCGUGGAUGAAGUGGUUUACCGAGGGAAUGGAGGAUAUUAAUACAGGUCAGCAGAUAUUCAGAUAUUUGUACCUUGCGACAUUGCUGCUGACGUUUGUGGCGUACUUCUCGGCACAGCCGAAACUCAAGCCCGCAGACCUGUUCAGUUCUGCAGUUUCUGUGAAAAUGAACGCCUUGCUGUAUCUGCCUGGAUAUUUGGUGGUUGCAUAUUUUUUGUGCGGAGAAAACCUGUUGAUCACGUUUGCGGUGGUUGUCUUUGGCCUGUUUGUGCAGGUGGGCAUCAACUGGGACUUCCUCACCGCCUCCGAUACCAUCAGAUCUCACUUUUUGCAAAACGCCUUUGAUUUCAAGCGGUCGUUCUUGUACGAAUGGACAGUCAACUGGAAAUUUGUUCCGGAAUCAAUUUUCAAUAGCCGUGAGUUCCAUACACUGCUGUUGGCCGGCCACGUUGGUGCUCUGGUGCUGUUUGGCCUGAAAAAAUGGACACCCAAAUCGAUCACCGGCAAAUCCUCCGCAAAGUUGAUCAAAGACAGCCUGCUGUUCUACAAGUCCACCAUCCGCCCGGAGAACGUGAUCCUGUCCCCAGAGGGGCCCAGAUACGUGUUUUACGUAAUGGCAACAUCCAACCUAAUUGGGAUUAUAUUUGCGCGCUCGCUUCACUAUCAGUUCUUAUCGUGGUACUUUUGGACGCUGCCGAUGCUGCUGCAACUAGCCGAAAUCCCAUGGUACAUUCAGCCAGCAAUGAUGGCGGCACACGAGUGGUGCUGGAACGUCUACCCGACCACUGCGACGAGCUCGGGGGUCCUUGUUGCCAUUUUGGGCUCGGACAAUACUCCUCAGGGUUCCGGAGGCAACAUACCGAUGUCCGAUCAGCCAAAUAAUCCCUCGUCGGCCAGUGCCAGCAAUCCUAACCCGCCAUUAUCCUCUGCAUCGUCCGUUCCUACAGUGUCGGAUUCCACAGCUGUAAAUUCCCGAGAGCUGCUGAACGCCUAUGUUUAUGAUUUUAUUCUCAAGUCUGGUUUCACAGCCACGGCCGGUGCCUUUUUCAGAGAGCCAAUAUUCAGGUGA